AUGCCGUUCCCACCAGUGCCCCCGCAACCAAAGUCCGCUCUGGGUCAUUAUAGAAUGCUGGCACCAACAGCUUCGGUUCGUGUCAGUCCAUUAUGCUUAGGAGCAAUGAAUUUUGGCGACAAAUGGACCGAAUUCAUGGGCGAAUGUGACAAGAAGACAACUUUCGAGAUCCUCGAUUACUUCUACGAACAGGGUGGCAACUACUUGGAUACUGCCAACAACUACCAGGACGAGCAAUCCGAACAAUGGGUCGGAGAGUGGAUGAAAGAACGUGGAAACAGGGACCAAAUGGUUAUCGCUACCAAGUUCACAACAGCUUACCGAACUGCCCACAGCUCAAAGGAGAUCAUUAUCAAUACGACUGGCAAUGGGACCAAAUCUCUUCAUCAUUCGCUCGAGAGCAGUCUGAAAAAAUUGCAGACGAGUUACAUAGACCUGCUUUACGUGCAUUGGUGGGAUUUCACAUGCAGUAUUCCCGAGCUCAUGCAGUCUCUCAACACUAUGGUUCAACAAGGCAAAGUCCUAUAUCUCGGCAUCUCUGACACACCUGCAUACAUCGUCUCUAAAGCUAAUGAAUACGCCCGUCAGAACGGCCUGAGACAAUUUUCUGUGUAUCAGGGUCGAUGGAGCGCUGAGAAUCGAGACUUCGAGCGCGAGAUCAUCCACAUGGCAAAGGAGGAAGGCAUGGGAUUGUGCCCAUGGGGCGCACUCGGGGGAGGAAACUUCAAAACUGAUGAGCAACGAAGGAGCCAAGAAGGGCGAAAGAUGGGCGAAGCUUCUGAGGCAGCAAUUCAAAUCAGCAAAGUGCUUGAGAAGAUUGCCACUGCGAAGAAGACCCAACUCACCAGUGUGGCCCUCGCUUAUGUCAUGAAGAAGACACCUUAUGUCUUCCCUAUUGUCGGAGGCAGAAAGAUUGAGCACCUGAAGGGAAACAUUGAGGGAUUGAAGGUUGACUUGAGUGACGCGGAUAUGGAGGCGAUCGAGGGAGCGUAUCCUUUUGACAUCGGUUUCCCGAUGAACUUCCUUGGCGGUCCGAAGGGAGUGCAUAGUCCUAAUGAUAUCUGGCUUAUGGCAAUGGCUGGAUCUCAACAGCACGUUGCCUGGCAGCAGCCCAUCGGCCCAGCUAAGAAUUAG